AUGCCUGAAAUUUCAGCUCAUCCAGCCGGUGAUGAGACUCUGGAGAAGCUUCAAAAAAUACGUGUGAAAUUUCUACGCCUUGCUCACCGACUUGGGCAGACUCCACACAACGAUGUUGUGAGCCACGUUUUAUACAAACUUGAUUUUGCUGAAGCCGAACACCUAAAUGGCACAAAUCGGAGUAAACCCGCCGUCUUUAACUUUGACGGUGAUAUUUCCACGGCAGAGCAGCUGGAAGCUUCUUCUUCUGGUCAGAAUCCAUUAGAUUUCUCCUGUACAAUACUGGUUCUCGGAAUAUCAGGUGUCGGAAAAAGCGCAACCAUAAAUUCAAUAUUCGACGAUGUUAAGUUCGACACUCAUGCUUUCGAAUCGGGUACCGAAAAGGUUCAAGAGGCUGUAGGCACCGUACAGGGGAUCAAUGUUCGGGUUAUCGACACGCCCGGUUUACUACCAUCUCUAUCAGACCAAUGCAAGAACGAGACAACCCUCAAGACAAUUCGGCGGCAUAUGAAGAAAACCGAACCGGAUAUCGUUUUGUAUCUGGAUAGGCUGGAUAUGCCGAGUUGGGAGUUUGAGGAUAUGCAGUUGUUGAAGACCGUUACUAAAGUUUUAGGACCGUCAAUUUGGUUAAAUGCUAUUGUUGUUUUGACUCAUGGGCAAUUUUAUCCUCCACCUGAAGAGCCGAAUAGUUAUGAAAUGUUUGUAACUCAGCGCUCUCGCAUUGUCCAGCAAGCGAUUUAUUAUGCUUCUGGACAUGAACACUUCUUGAUGAAUCCUAUUGCUCUUGUUGAAAAUCAUCCGAAUUGCUCGACUAAUCGAGACGGAAACAGAGUUUUGCCAAAUGGUCAGGUUUGGAAAACACAGUUGUUAUUGUUAUGCUUUGGUUCAACCAUUUUGGGUGAAGCGAAAACACUUUCUAAAUCACUAGAUACUUCUCCUCCUCCGUAUCUGCCUUUACUACUACUUUCGUCUCUUCUCGAACGAAGAAUAUCACCUCCUUCACCUUUAGGUCCUCAUGGUGAUGAUUUCUCAAACCCGUGGUUGGUGAAACCGGUAACUAAUGGCUCCACCAGCAGGUGGGAUCAUGAGGUUGAUUUUGGUGGGAUAAAUGUGGAGAAACUCUUUAUUGUCACCCAAGAGAAUAUACCAAUUUCUUUCUCGGGACAAUUUUCAAAAGAUAAGAAGCAAACUCAUCUCCAAAUGGAUUUGGUUAGUGAAAUCAAGCACUGGGAAGAAGGGAAAUCGACACCGGUUUCUCUCUCGGGCCGGUUUUCGAAAGAUAUUAUAGCCACUCAUCUCGAAAUGGAGAUGGCGAGUACAAUCCAACACGGGGAAGGGAAAUCAACCUCUCUCGGACUCGAUUUGCAGUCUGUAGACAAUAAUAAUAUUAUCUAUACGCUGCGAAGCGAGACGAGAUUUCGCAACUGGAGAAGAAAUGAACCAUUGGCCGGUUUAUCAUUGACGCUGUUCGAUGGUGAAGUCGCAGGUGGAUUGAAAUUUGAGGACAAAUUGACUCUAGGUGAAAAGGGUCAUCAGAUGGUGGUUUCUGGCGGUGCAAUCGUCGCUGGAAACCGCGAGAUCGCUUGUGGUGGAACCCUGGAGGCUACACAAAUGAGUGGUUUUCUGUCAAAGCUUGGACUCUGUGCGUUGAGUUGUGGUGGGGAUCUUGCUGUUGGUUGCAAUUUGGUGAGCCAGUUUAUACCUGUUGGCUGGAAUUCGACAUUAAACAGCCGCGUUAGUGUUAAUAACAAGGGAUCGGGACAAGUUAGUGUACAUUUCAAGAGCUCACAGUUUGUUCCAAUUGUGGUCUUGUUCGCGGUUUUCCCUCUGGUCCGGAAACUACUAUCUCGUUUUCAGUAUAUGAAAAUUAUCAAUUGA